UUUCCCCAUUGUUCGCUUCGCGCCUGUCAAGCGUUUAAGACCUCUAGCAGACGGUUUAGUUUCUUAUGUGUUUGUGAUACAUCAACAGCUGGUUACAAGGAUCGGUUAUUACAGAUAUAAACAUGAGGACAGCUUUCAUUCCUUGGGUGUUGGUCACAUUGGUGUACCUUGUGUGGUGUUGUGAGAAGGAAACACAUUAUAUGAAGGAUGAUAAAUGCUGUAAGAUGUGUGGACCAGGUAAGAGGAUGUUGGUGAAUGAUAACUGCGAGGACCCAAGCUGUCAGGACUGCCAAGACGGAGAGUAUCAGAGUGGCUACACAAGUGAAACCAGAUGUGAGCGCCAGCCCAGCUGUGACCCUAAUUUGCAUUUUCUGCCACAAAUUGAACCCAGCAAGACCAAGCUAAGCAAAUGUCAGUGUAAAGAUGGAUACUACUGUACACAAUUUGAUGACUGCGAAACAUGUACAAAACAUACAGUUUGCAAGCCAGGACAGAGAGUUUUCAAAAAAGGUUCAUCGGUUAGUGAUACUGUGUGUGAGCCAUGUGAAGAUGGAACAUUCUCCACCAAUGAUUCUUCUGACACCUGCAUGAAAUGGAGAGAAUGUGAAUCUGGAUAUGUUCAAAAAACUCCUGGCAAUUCAACCUCAGAUCGGACCUGUGUGGCUGGUACAAACAUUUACAGCGUUCUCAUUGGGGUGGGAGGUUUUCUGAUAAUCGUCGCAAUUGUAGUAUUCGUUUUCAUUAAAAAAAGAAAAUCUGGAUGUUAUAAGUUCCCCAAAAAAACCAUAGAGGUCUUAACACAUGGAGAACCUGAAGAUCCGGAGAGAGCAUACCAACCACUAAAUCAACAGCCUCAGGAGGACAUUGACCACAGCGUACCUGUGAGCCCCACGCUAAGCAACUUGACUGACAAUGGAAAUUUCGUAGCACAAGAGGAUGGCAAACCCACUAUUACCCCAACUACUGAAUCAAAUUCAUUUUUGUAGAGCACAGUCUUCUGCAAAGUCUUUCCAUCACGUUACAACCUUCUAUAUACUGUAUAUAGAGCAUUACACUAUAAAGCAUUGCUUUACUCUUAAUGUCUUUGUGUCUUACAAGAUCAAAGUGUUCCCAGUUUCAUUAACACUGCAAUGUGACUGUUACAAUAUGCUGAAAAGCAUUACAAUAAAAUUUGUUUAAAAUGAAAAGCCAUUAAUCUAAUUAGAAGCAAACCAAAAUGCAAACAGUGAUGGAUUCUAGUAGUGGAUGAGGGUGGCUUCUUGCUUUCCAUGGACACGUGCUACUGACACUUAUUCUAAAAGAGUGGAGAAAAAAAGAAGCAUUUCUGAGGAGAUUUUCUGUCACAUCAGCUGUAGUCUGCUAUUAAAAAAAUGCAGAAUGUGAUGGAGAAAGACUGCACUGAACAAACACGCAUGCAUCUCAGGGCUAUUGUUUGUUUGUUUAAUAUUUAGGACUAAACACUUAUUCUGUGUUUUCCAAAAUGCUUAAAUAUUGAAGUUUUAAACAUU